AUGGAUGCUGGACUGUUGGUCGAGUUCGACGAGUGGGGCUUUCGAGCCACCAUCGGUAUAGACUUCCUCUCGAAAACGAUGUAUCUAGAGGAUCGGACAGUCAGAUUACAGCUGUGGGACACUGCCGGCCAGGAGCGGUUCCGCUCGCUGAUACCAUCCUACAUUCGUGAUUCAACCGUAGCCGUAGUUGUGUACGACAUUACAAAUGCGAAUUCCUUUCACCAAACCUCCAAAUGGAUCGACGACGUGCGAACGGAGCGUGGCAGCGACGUAAUCAUAAUGCUGGUGGGCAACAAAACCGAUCUCUCCGACAAGCGCCAGGUGUCGACGGAGGAGGGUGAACGGAAAGCAAAAGAACUGAACGUGAUGUUUAUCGAAACUAGCGCGAAAGCCGGUUACAACGUCAAACAGCUUUUCCGAAGGGUGGCCGCCGCCCUGCCCGGCAUGGACUCGACCGAGAACAAACCGCCGGAAGACAUGCAAGAGGUCGUGCUGAAAGAUUCGCCAAACGAAACGAAAGACCCGGAAGGUGGCUGUGCAUGCUGAGGCUGCUGCUGCUUCCCAAUCAGCUCACAGUCAGCGGCAGUCGCGCGACGCAACGCGGCGCAAUGGAACGAAUUACGAAACCACACCUUUUUGCUAUGAUCGCUACCGCGCUUACUCUAUUACUACCACAAUUACUACCACCUUACUGCAACUAGUUCUACUUUUAAUUUGUCUUUAGGCUGGGCGAAAACAUUAUUGCAGAGACUUAUUCCAUUUUGUUUAUUUUUGUUGUUGCAAUAACCGCCCAAAGUACUGGUACUAGGUUGGUUGGACGCGCGCGCGAGCUUCUACAGAGCAGCUGACCCAGCUUCCGGUGCUGAGAAGGGAGUGGUGGAAGAAGUGAAGCACGGAACGCUACUCGCGCGGCAAUUGAUCCUUAGACGGACGUGAUGUGCAUUCUAUGUCGUAUACAUAUACAUAUAUAUUAAUAUUUUCCCCUCCGUUUUCCGUCAUAUUUAUUUGUAAGCCCCCGGAAGACCCCGACACAACAGGACAUUCAAAUGUUUGAACCUACUACCGACCAUACCGCUACUAAACGUAAACGGAUAAAUUGCUACAGGUGCUGUGGUGUCGAACGGGCGGGCGUUGGCCAAUGUUACGUAGUGGCUGCGCGUGUGCUCAAUAAAACAAUGUAGCUCAUUUUUAUACCAUUUAUGACUUGUAUCUCUGUAUGCUCCCGUUUGUUUGAUCGCUUUUUCAAGCUCAGAUGGAUUUAUUUUUCUCUACAACCGGGUGGAGUCUUUUCAGUUAAUCUUGUGUUAAGAGCGAUGGUCCUGUGACCAAUGGUCCAUGGUUGCAAUAGAAACAAAAAUGUUUCUUUGUCAAUCCAAUAAAUUAGUAACCACUUGAGUGGAUUUAACACAAUUUGUGUACUUUCAAGACAGAACUAAUGGAUUGGAUCCGUUCAGUAAAUGACUAAUAUUUUGGAUGGACCAAGACGGGCGGAAGAAAGUGUACGAGAAUUAACCGAAAAAAUUCCCCGGGUCUCGCCCGGGGCCAAUGACUUUAUUCUUACUUAUUAACAUUUUUUUUUAAAUAAGUUGUUAGAAGAAUAAUAAAUACAAAGCCUUAAGUUCUAA